GACUGACUCGCACCCCUGUGAUGUGAGGGGCUGUGAGAGCAGGGUCUGGCUGGCAGGUCCGUGCCCGUGGGGUACUGCCCAGAAGGACGGAUUUUGUCUCCAGGCUUGGCUUGUGCACACCAGACCGGAGGCAGCAGUGCUGUGCCGUGGGACAGGACAGCCCAGGAUGAAGAGAGAGCCCAGGCAGGAGGAUGAAGCACAGGCACACGCUGGGCUGCUCACUUCGUAGGUGCUGGAGAGAGGCCACCCCUCUGCACGGGGCUGCAGACCAUGUUCCACCUCUUCUCCCACUGCUGGUCGUGGCUGCAGGCCAUACAGGAGCCCGUCAGGAAGGUGACCCUCCUUGUCAUGGGGCUGGACAACGCAGGGAAAACUUCUGUCAUCAUGGACAUAGAGAGAGUGCCCAAGCUUCGAAGGACCAAGACUCCUGAACUACAGCCGCUCUUCUGGGGAAGUGUGCAGGGCACCAGCCGUGUCCCAGGCAGCCCUGGAAGAGGGAGUGGGGAUGUGGCUGGGGCAGGAAGGGCACAGGCAUGCUGCUGGGCUCCGGGGCAGCUCUCUGCCCUCUCCACACCCGCAGCGCUGGCCGGCGAGGUGCUGCGCGACGCGCAGCCUGGCCAGACCCGCCUGCGGGUGGACAGGUUCGAGGUGACGCUGGUGGACCUGCCCGGGGGCCAGCGCUCCCGCAGCGCCUGGCGCAGCCACUACAGCGAGGCGCACGGGCUCCUCUUCGUCCUGGACUCCGGUGACCUGGCGCGGGUGGAGGAGGCCCGCAAGGUCCUGAGCCGCGUCCUGAGCCAUCCCGAUGUCUCCGGAAAGCCCCUCUUGCUGCUGGCCAACAAGCAAGACGCGGCGGCCGCGCUGCUGCCCUGCGAGCUGAUCGAGCGGCUGUGCCUGGAGCGGCUGGUCAACGAGAACCGCUCUCCCUGUCGCAUCGGACCGGCCGUCCCCCGGGGAAGAGGGCGCGGGGAAGAACGGGGAGCAUCGGGCAGCGCGCCCCGUCUGCCGCCUCCUGCCCCUGGAGGAAAGCACUAAGGGCCCCAGGAGGAGGAAGAGAAAGGUGAAGAAGAAGGGCUUGGGGCAGCCAAGCCCAGCCGACGAGCUGGAGGGACCGGGAGUAGGGGGUGACAGCCGUGCAGGGGCUGCCGGGGGGCUGCUGCUCCCCAACAGGGUCGGGCAGGAGGAGCCCGUACCCACCAGGAUGGCCAUCCCCCACCCAGGUGAGAGGGGACUAUGGGGGGCUGCCAGCUCUGCCAGCACCAGCAUGUCAGAACCUCCCUACAGGGAGGUUGCCAGGCCUGGCAACGUGGCAAAAUGCUGGACCACUGGUCCCUGCCACCUCCAUCAGCUUUGCUUGCAGAUCAGCUGAGUGCAGAGCCAGGUCAAAGGAGUCCGAAGGGGAAGAGGAGAGACAUCUGAGCAUCUCCACACGGGAGAAUGCAUGGAAGCGAUGGAGGACUGCAAACCCGCCAGCAGCAGUCCUCUCAGCUGGCUUGGUGACAAAGGCAUCCUUGCUCAGGUAUGGUGCCUGACAUUUUUUAUUUCUCCAUCCAGCACAGGGCAUGAAAAAGAAAAAAAAGAAGAAAAUCAAGAACAAAAUCAAGUCACAGGAACCUUCUCUGGAGCAGCAGCAUGAGGAGGCCUCAAGCACCUUUGAUUUGUACCGCCGGGCGAUGCUGGCUCUGAAGAUGAGGCAGGAGCAGAGAAAGCAGACUUCGGCCAUCACCCCCUGAGCAGGGGAGGCACAAAGCAAGGUGUGUGUGCUCCUAGAGGACCCAGACUGCAGUGGCAGCGGGACCCACGCUCAUGCGGAGCUGCUGGGGUGCUUGGCCACGGCUGGCAGAGCUGGGAAAUGGGUCCUGGGGCAUAAACAGCACCAUUGUCCCCUGCAUGGCUUGAAAACCAGGGAUCCACAGGAGUGAGCCAAAAGUCCCUUUGUAAGAUGCCUCUCUGGCAGCCGGGCUGCAAAUUCAUCUGAAAAGGGAACAGCCGGCCCCUUGCUGCCCCCUGUUAGUAUUCUGUGGAAGACUCCGCUUAAACCCGGAUAAGUCUGUGCAGGAGAGGAAGAUCCGAGCAAACAUCCCAGGGGGAAAGCCUGUCUCUUGAAUUGCCCUAUGCCCUGGGAAAGCUGUCUUGGCAGGUCAGGGGCUGAUCUGGCCCGUCAGUCACUCCCUGGCUACUGCCUGGAACAGUCUCAUUUCCUGAUGGUGAAAGUGGGAGAGCAGUCCCAGGUGGUCUGCAGAAGAGCUCCGCCCAACCCUCAGCCACAUCUGGCAGGGCUGUCAGGACUCUCUUCACACCCUGGAGGAGGGCAAUGCCCGCGUUUGUGCAUCCUGCAGCCCGUCAGUGAAAAUUUAAGUUCAAUGGCAGCUGGUGGCAGAGGCUGCUGGAGGCUCCUUUCCCAGGAUCGUUCCUCCUGAUCCUGCCAUCCCUCCAGGAGAGACAUUGCAGCAAAUCUUCCCGCGUCACUGGCAGCCCGGCACUCUGCUGCCCCAGGUGGUCCCUGAUGUGCGCUCGGCUCAGCUCUGAGACGGGACAAGCAGCAGCGCAUCGCGUCCCGACACAACCCGCCUGUGACGGGCCGUGUCCGUCCGACUGUGCUGUCCCGGGCCCGAGCCGGGCCGGGGGCUCGUGCUGCCCGGCUCUGGCAGGGUGCCUGGGCCGGGAAACCAGCCCUCAGCCCUGGAAACACCUUACGUGGAGCCGGGAACUGGGGUAACACCUGCAACAGUGUUAGAAUGUGAACUUGCGUUAGUCACCUCUGCUCCCGUGGUGGUUAGUGAUUAACAGGCACUGCCUCUGUGGUCCGGGGGAAGGCAAAUCACUAAAGCCCUUCCCUUGGCAGGGCUGAAAAGGGAGAAGAAGAGAAACCGUCUACUUUGCCUUGCCAGCCUGCCAUAAAGUUCUGUCGAACUCUGCCAGAUUCAACUGUUGGUGACUACAGGGAUUAUUUGUAAAUAAAUUGUAAAUAACAACAGCAGAAGUUAAUACUGCCCUGUAAAUACAGCGGUUCCAGCA